AUGACUUCAGUCCCAACGCAAAACAUCUACAACGACCCAUCUUUCUUCAACGCAUACAGCACGCUCCCGCGCUCGGAACACGGCCUCGCCGGUGCCCCAGAAUGGCCAGUCCUGCGAGACAUGGUCGGCGGCGCAUCGGGUGUGCAAGACCAGAUGACUCUGGACCUGGGGUGUGGGUAUGGGUGGUUUGCGCGCUGGGCGGCAGACCAUGGUGCUAAGCGCGUCAGGGCGAUCGAUGUCUCGGAGAAGAUGAUCCGGCGUGCGAAGGAGCUUGACGGAGAGGGGAGGGGUGGUAUGAUUGACUAUGAGAUUCGGGACUUGGAGACCUUGACGGCUGCAGAGGACGAAAGGGACAAGUAUGAUCUUGUCUACAGCUCGCUUACGUUCCACUAUGUUGAGGAUUUGGGGAGGUUGUUGAGAGAGAUUCGUUCUUGUUUGCUCGGAGGGUCUUCUUCCGCUACGAACUUCAAGGCAGGGAAGAAAUCUUCGAGCACUAGAAAAGGCAGAUUUGUCUUCUCGGUCGAACAUCCCAUCUGCACGGCCCCUAUCUCGCCGGCACCAGACUGGAGCCUGGUUCGCGACGAAACCAACACGGAGCGCAAAGUCUGGCCGUUGAACAACUACAGUGAGGAAGGGCUCCGCGUGACAAGUUGGCUGGGGACAGCUGGAGUGCAGAAGUAUCAUCGGACUGUCGAGACGUACGUCUCGUUACUAUUGGAGAACGGGUUCGUGUUGACGGGAUUGAAAGAUUGGGUGCCGAGUUUAGAAGACGUCAGGGCCCAUCCGGAGUGGAGGGAGGAGAGGCAUAGGCCGUACUUCUUGCUGGUUUCGGCAGAGAUUGCUUGA